AAAAAAGGUAAUGCCAUUCCUUGAAAGUCACAGAAGAAGAGUCAAAGGGUUGACGAUAGUUCUGGUGAUACUCCGAUACUCCGGUCCAACAACAACAAAUAAUGGUCGUAUAUUUCACGAUGAAUUGAUUGGCGUUUAGCCCAGCACGAUAACCGAAUACGAUGGAGGAGUCUUGGGAUUUUGAGUUCUUGUCCCGUAUGGCAGAUAGUUGUGUUUCGUUUCUGUCGGAGUUUAUUGAAGACUGGCUUGCCAAUGACAUGAGAGUGUCCAUAUUUAAAAUCUUACUUGGCUGGUUAAUUUUGAGCCUAAUAGCUAUCCACUUCGCAUGGAAAAUCUACGGCAAUACAGUGAAUGAUAUGUAUUACAGACAAGGUACUGGACAGAACGGAGGCUCACCUGAUGCUGCACCUCAUCUAAGCGGAUGGCAAAGAGCAAAAGAUGAUGUCAAGACUCAUCGGGAGUAACCAGCAGUCGGCCUAUUAAUGCUACUAUUUAUUGCAUGACCCCUAAAUGGUCAUUGUCAAUGAGCCGCAAUUACCUUGCUUGCACCUAUGGGACCAUCUGAGCUUCGUAACAACAACAGCAACGUGUGUGUAUGGGGUUUGACCCAUUUCAUAACCAACACAUUCCACCAUACAGCGUUGCCCCCCAAACCUGCAUGGCCGCGACAACCCUGCAUGUUUCCUCCUAGUGCGGACCAGCUACCUGACGGCAAGGAAAGACUGAUCCCCCAGUCAUGUAGUGGUCACUGCCGAAGGCGGCACAAACUUUAAAAGUUGCCUUGUGGGAAGGAGCCUCAAUCCAGCUCCAUUUAUUUUCUUGCUGGACAAUGCAGCUCUACGGUGCACCCUCAAGCUCAGUGUGCCACCUAGACCAUGGUGGUCGUGAUACACAAUAAUUAUUAUACCUCCUGAUAACUGAUCCUGGCCCAAAACCUUGGGCCACUUUGGCAACACUCUUGGGCCCAACAGUCACUUCAAUUAGUGCAACCAAUCCUUUCAAUCGGAGAAUUUAUACAAAUUGGUUGUGAUGACACAAUUGAAAUAAUAAAUAAACAGAAAACAUGAAUUGUAAGUGUUUUGAAUCUGUGUCUCCUCAUGAGUAGAACUAGAGAAUGAUACACAGUGAUCAUUUUAAUUAUUUUUAUUGACUCAUAUAGAGUCUCUAUCCUCAUGCUCGCACAAGAUUGUGCGAUAAGGAUGGCGGAAACGCAUUUGGAAUAGCUCCCCCCUACCUGGAUAGGAAUUGAUCCUCCAUGUUUACUGAUUCAUUAUAGCAAUUGUCAAUGCUAUAUUCAGAAAAAAUGCUAUCAUCCACACACACACACACACACACACACACUGUUUCUCUAACUGCCAUUUGAUGAUUAUCCUUUAACCCUGACCCCCUUGGGUUGGUCAGUGGUCAAAGGCUUCAACCGAUAAUGCACCGCUACGUCUCCAGCUUUAUGACAUCUGUCCUGUCCAUUUCUUUAAGAUAUAUUGCGUCUGGGACAGAUGAGACUUCACAUUGCAAUUGUUAAAGAUCAAAUCGAAUUACAUUAACCAAUAGGACAAGUUUCCUGUGUUCUCAUCAAGAAGAAGCAUGCAUAAGGGGAUCCCUGCUCCCUUGUGACCGGUUUAUCCCAGGUACAAAGGUGAACGUUAGAUGACACUAGAAACAGGUAGGGUGGCUGGACUGUACACGGAAUGUUAAACAGGGUUUGGAUGAUGAAGGGGAAACAACGAGGAGUUCCAUCUGUUGUUUACUACCAUCUGAUUAACCAAUGCAAUAGAUUCAUUGGGGAGCAGAGCUGUGCUCAGCAUUUUUAAGACCUGUGACAAGUAUAAGAAGUUUUUUGCUUUUGCCGAUGCAUUGGACCUGCUGAGCUCUUAGAGAGACACAGAGCGAACACCCAUCUGAGACCUCUGAUUAUUGUAUGUUUGUUGUUUAAUAUUCAAAUAAAUUAGCCUGGUUGUUAUACAUUU